AUGCCAGACGGGGCCGAUCCCCCGAUACGGCGGGGCGGAUGGCCGUGGGGCCGUCGGAAUCUGAUGCUGCUCUUUUUCCUCGGCGCCCUCGUUGUCACCGUUGUCAUCGCUGUCGUGCUCGUUGUCACACUGGUUGAUCACAGUCGACCCACAACACCAGCGCCCGCGACAUCUACUCUAGUCUUUGCCAUUCCGAUUUAUAACGACACUGCGAAUCCGGCGAGGCGCGAUGCCAUUUUAGCCGAUGACAGCUGCUUCAUGUGCAUGGAGAUGCUCUCGACGGCCAAUUGGUCCCUUUCCAACAUGGCCGGCAUGAACACCGUCAAAUUCCUAAUAUACAACGACCAGAAAACCGAAUGGUCGCCGGUCAUGAACAACGCGGAUGCGAUGACAUGGUUGAAUACUGGGGAUGGAAUGGCGAAGUGCAUGAUGGGGCUGGGCAACACGAAGGUUAAUGAGACAAGGGGAGCCGUCUUCAAAUUCGCCUACGUCGACGACUACUACGACGACGACGACUACUACUACUACUACUACUACUACGACUACUACGACGACAAGUCCAGCGGAGACACCUUCAUCUCCGUCGGAGAGUACCCCAAGCACGACCACCACAACCACGACUGCCAGCACCACAUUGACACCAAGUACACCGACGCCUACCUCCACGAGCACAACUACUACCACUACCACUACCACUACCACGACAACUACUACGACUACCACGACUACUACCACGACUACUACGACUACCACAACUACCACAACGACCACGACACCUCCUACAAGCACGGUCACGUGCCCAUAGAGAUUGGUCACGUCGAGCGCGUCAGCCCUCUCGUUGCCGGGAUCAGCAACUCUGCCGCCGCCAGCUAUGGUGGAGACACUUCCGGGCCGUUGAACCUCACCUUUGGGGACCAGGACUCGUUGAAGACCCAGUUGGACAAGAUAUUUCCCUUCAAGCCGCUCGAUGGAACGGUUGCAAAUGCCCUCGACGAGAUGAAAGCCUAUCAGAUGGGGAAUAUCGUGACUGUUUUGUAUACCAACAGCUCUCAAAACAUCAUCAACGCCAUCGGGGCAAACCCAUUUAGCGACCGGACUAUUGGCAUUGGAUUGAAUGGUCAAAACAUGUCCGACAUCGCCGCCUAUAGCUUCAGCCCGGAUGGAGCGGACGAAAAUAAAGUUGCGGAGGCUAUUCAGUACAUUUGUAACCCAACUACAACUGUGCCGACCUCGCCGACGACCUCGAACACCGGCUCGACGGUGACGAGUACUCCUUCUACAGCAACGACGACAGUUCCGGGCCCGCCGUGCCAAGUCUUUUUCUAUCUGGACUUGUCGAAUUUUGCACAUGCUCAGCUCAUCCCGGAAAUCGGAAAAGUCAGAGAAUUGGCGGACAACAUUCCUGGUUCCACCUUCGCUGCUGCAGCGUAUGGCAGUGCUGGCCAAGAGCCCCUCACUUUAAAGUUCGGCGACCGAACCAACUUGGACAGCGAAUUGGAUAUAAUCUAUGCAUUGCCGCCUAUGGACGCGGAUGUUUCAAGUGCGAUCAGUGCAAUGAACAACUACGACUUGACAAACAUCGUCACGGUGUUGUAUAGCGGAAGCCCAGCAUCACAAAUCAAUGCAGCCGGUCCAAAUAGCUACCUUGGGCAAACGGUCGGAGUUGGAAUCUAUGGACAAGACCUAACCCCGCUGGCCAUCUACAGCUUCCCCUUUGACAGUGAUCAGCUACAGAUCUUCUUUUACCUUGACGUCUCGACUGUUGGGAAGCCACAGUUCGUUGUCGAGCUGGGCCAUGUGAAUAGAAUCGCAGAUGAAACGGCACGUGACGGCUUUGUGCCAAUCUUUGCCGGCGCAGGAUAUGGAUAUGACGGUCAAGAGCCCUUAAAUCUGACUUUCGGAAAUCGUGAUCUUCUCACGCAAGAGAUUAGCCCUCUAUAUGGGAAGACGCCCCUGGACGUCACGGUUGCCUCGGGGAUCAAUGCGUUGAAUAAUUAUGCACUGGGCAAUAUCGUUACAGUCCUCUAUACCAACAGCGCCCAGGGCGCAAUCGAUGCGUCCCCGCAAAAUAAUUACAAGACUCAGACGAUUGGAAUAGGCUUGGCUGUCGUCGCCGAGUGUAACGAGCACGUCUGCGUGCAGCACAUCGCCGACUUCUACAAGUACGACUACGACGACGACUACCACUACCACAACGACCACAACGACGACCACUACUACCACCACGACGACUACCACUACCACUACAACGACGACCACAGUAACUGGGUCGACUUCGGCUUUGUCGCUGAAUUGGGCCAUGUGAACCGAAUCGCUGAUGAAACCGCAAAUGACGGUUUUGUACCGGCAUAUGCCGGUGCAGGAUAUGGUUAUAUCGGCCAAGAACCGCUAAAUCUGACCUUCGGAAACCGCGAUCUCCUCACAGAUGAAUUGAGAUUGCUGUAUGGGACCGCCGCGGCUGAUGCCAAUGUGUCCUCGGGUAUAAAUGCUCUGAACAACUACCCACUUGGAAAUAUCGUUACGGUCCUCUAUACCAACAGCGACCAAGCGUCCAUCCACGCUUCUCCGUCCAAUAACUUCAAAAGCCAAACAAUUGGGAUCGGAUUGAGUGGACAAGACCUUACCCCACUCGCUGCCUAUUCUUUUGGUGCGGGUACUGAUCAGGAUGAUGCCAUCAAUGCAGCCCUUACUGCACUAUGUACCGGGAACACUCUUCCAACUGUCACCACGGUCUCGACACUGCCCACGUCUCAAGAACUUCCCUGUGAUCACAACCCCCUCGCCUGGUCCAUCACCAACCGGAACAAGUCCGAGCCCUGGUGCUUCGACUACCGGCCCGACCGUGCCAAGUUCUUUUGGAACUUCAACGCCGGUAAUCUCAACCGUCCCCACCCAGUCGAGCAGUCCGAUCCCGACUGGAUCAACUCC